UUUUAUGUUUCUAUCGUGACUUUAUCGAAAGAACCAAAGAAUAUUAACGCUCACUUAUCCAUGGGUGGACAAUGGUCAAUUGGGGUUGCAGAAUAACCAUGCUCGUGAAAAAAAAACAACUAUAAACAUGUUCACCGGUUUCACUAUUCGCUGCUCCUCACUCGUCAGCAGUGAGCGACUCGGUGUCUGUGUGUCCGGAAUCGAACCCGGAUUCUUCUCGCUGAUGCUCGUGUGUGUUUCGUUCAUGGACCGUGAAAUACCUCGUUGAGUAGUUCUACAAUAUUCCUCGAGGACCCGCGACUCUUGGCGAUUUUGUUUUUGUUGCUGCCGCUGUGCUCCUGUGUGAAAUAGCCGGGCAUCGGUCUAAAUUGGACCAUCAUCCGUGGAGCAAAUCUAAAUAAACUUAAACUCUCAGGCGCUGUGCAACCUUGCCGUCCAACCCUAACCGAUGUGCCGCUGCUAGACUAAGGCUGCAGCACUUGCUGUAUAUAUAUAGAUGUCAUUUUAACCUGCUUUGACUUGAGCCCACUUUUCAUCAAAAUAUUGAUGCGAGUGCCCAACACCCCUUUCCAACAGGCACUCUCUCCUUUCCCUCCUCCACGGCUGUUCCCUUCGGUAUUGCAGCUCUAAAGUUGUGCAUGAUGUCUACACCUGUUUCUUAGCAGUGUGCUUCUCAAUGUCAUAAUUUAAACAUGCCAAAAAAAGCAUGCAAUGUGUUUUUCUCUCUCCUGCAUUUACAAUAUAGCAUCACGGUUUGCCAAAGUCCAUGUGUUGUCCCUACUGAUGAUGUCCCAAUGCGAUACAGGUUGGGGGGAACUACAUUAUCGAAAUGUUUGAGGCCACUGCUGUGGAUGUGUGAGCAGAACAAAUGGAGCCAGCAUGGCCAUCUAAGCAGCGACUCAUAGUCCUUUCACCAGAAUCAUCAUCAUCAUCAUCAUCAUAUGCCAUGGUCUGUCCACCGCUGGAUGAAGGUCUCCAUGCAAUCUUGCCAUUCCUCACAAUCCGUCCGGCUCCUGCCCAUGAGCUGACCUCAUCACUCCAUCUCUGUGUCGCUCGCAUGUGCAUUUGCCUCCUUUUCCUUAGCAAUCAAUCGAGAUGUUUUCAACGUGCGUUUAUUCCCCCAAUCCAUGUGUUCCUCUCUCCGUCUCUCGGUGUAAUUCUGAUCAUGCAAACAAAUGCCUAUCUUCAAGCUCACACGCAUCAACACGCUGUUGCUUUGCCAGCCACAGAAGCUUUCAGAGCUGUUUACGUGCGCUCCGUAGUGCCUGGGAGCCACGUUUCAAUUCACAGUAGGAUGCCUAACAUGUGACCUCCCGGUCCUUUGUUUGUUCCCAGACAGGCUGUCUGCGAACCUUCAGUCCCCCCGCUAAGGUUGUCAUCCACCCAUAACCACAAGAGACUGCAUGCGAAUGGACAUAUGGCGCACGCGUAUGAUGUAAACCAAACAACAGACGGAACAAUUGUUAACGGGGAGAGUUAAAAGCCUCCACACUGCGAACCUGUACAAAGCAAAACGUAUUUUGAUAUAUUGUUUUCGUGCAAUAUAUCUGUUUAUUUAUUUAUAUAAAGUAGGUCGGUCACUUGUGAGAUAUGGAUUUUUUUUAAAUUGUUAAAUUUAUGUUAACGACUGUAUUUCAUUGAAACGUCUCUUUGGCUCUCGUGAUAAUACAGUAUAGUUACAAUAUUAUCAAAAAGUCAUUCAAAAUGUAAAGACGUUGGUUACUCGGUUGCCAAAAGUUGACAAUUUGUUAACAUCAUGCAUAGAUUUAUCGCAACUUAUUUCUGCAGAUCUCAGCAUCUCGCGGGAAGGUGCUCUUCAAACAUUAAAAAUAAAUAUACAGAGGUAGCUGAGUUGGUCAAAUGUCAGAGUGCUGAGUUGACACCACAGAUCCUGCUGGGUUUGAAUCCAGGCAGCUGCCUGUGAUUAAACUGGGUUCUCAAGUGUAAUAAGCUGAUGGUCUCAACACAGUCACCAAUGACCCAGCAAAAAAUAUAUAAUCUGACUGUUAAGUGACAAACAUUACUCUCAUAUGCAGAGUGGGUGGGAAAAGCUGCCCACGACUCUGUGGACCAGAGAUCACUUGAAGGGAUCUUAGUCGUAUCUGCUUCGUUGAACCGUUCUUGAUUCGUAACAUGAUGCCGAUAGCACAGAUUGGGAUAAAAUUGGGGUGGGGCAAUGCAUAUAUAUAUCUCAAUAUAUAAUUGCAAUAUGCAAGAGACACAACUAAUAAGUAAGGGCAGAAAAACACCACGAUGGAUUUAAUAAAUAAAUAAAUCCUCUUUAAGAAUGGUUGAACAAGUAUUGAAGGUGAAAUCUUCAGAUAAUUUGUAGUUAUUUGUUAGCCUGAAAACGCUGAUGCGGCGAUCAGGAUGAGUGUAGUGUGUUCACGGUGUGUCUAGUAAGCACGCUGAAUGGCAGAAUCAGCAUGUACAUAGUCCGUUUUACGAUGGUGCCAUCCUUAACUCACUGGGAGUACUAGAAAUUUAAUGAAGUCACUUGGGAUUUAUUUCUAUAAAAAGCCUUCUAGUACAUUCUUCACAUAUGCUGCACAAGCAUUUCAUGUUUAAUGGUUUAUUAUGAAGUACUUAUCAAACCAUUUCCCCUAGUCUGUUUAUUCGUGAAAAUGUGCAGCAGUAAUCACAUCUACUGGCAAAGUAGCACAAAUGCAAAAUUGCAAAUUAAGAAUACAAUUUAGACUUUAAAGUUACAGGACAUGAUUUUGUUUGAGAAUAACAAGUUGCAUAAUUUGCAUUGUAUUGUUUUCAUACUCUACAGAAAAAAAAAACUUAAUUGAUUUAUUAUGCACAAUGACUGUUGUAGAAACGAAAUAAAAGUGUCCAGCUGCAGGUUUUUUAUACAACUCAUUUGGUGAUGCUUCUGCAUUGGAAGUGGCGUUCCAGGACAGAUAGCAAAUAAAAGCAAAAGCCCAACACAAUCAUGAUUAAUUCUGCCUUAGCAGGAAACACAUAUAUAUGAGGCGAGUAUUAUAGCUCAGUGUCCUAAGACCUUUGGGAAUAUUUUUUUCGAGAUUGCAAUACGGAGGCAUGUAGGAACAGAAAACGAGCCUUUGAACACAAUGAUCAUAUUAAAUAGAAGAGGCAAACCUUUGACGAAUGUUGUUCGUCUAUAGCCAUAAGGCUAACAUUAAGAGAUAUUUCAUUUAUUCACAAGGAAUAUUUGCAAAAUAAAUCUUGAUUCUAUAGGGAUAUGCAAUGACGGGGGCCGUUUAAGUUAUGCAGUAAUUUAUGGAGAUCGUCUUUCUUUGCUCCGAGGUUUUAUGGAAUUUAAUAGCAGUUGCGUUAAGAUUGUUGAACUGAUCACCGUACUAUAUGGAAUUGCUAAAUGUUCAGUUUUUAUUGCAGCGAAACGUGCACAGCUGUAACGUGAGGUCAUUGAUGUAGGUUAACUGCGUGAUAUGAGUCACAUAAGUGAGUAUAGGACACAGUUAAGACUGAGAUAAUCGAGGUGGCUCGCAUUAUAUUAUCAGAGUUGCUCAUAACUUGGGUUUAAAUCCAUGUAGGUGCCCAUGAUUAUAGCCAUACUCUUAAUUGUAGUGAGUUGUUGGUGUCACCAAUGACUGCAUAAAACAUAUAUACUUUUCAUUUCCAUUCCAUUGUAUGAAUUCUAGUUUAGAGAAUUCAUAUAUUUUUUAGACUGUAAUAGCAGAACUUGUGGAAAAGUGUGCGCACGACUGUGUAAAUGACAAAAGGGCCACUUUAAUAUGUUUUCGAAAUUGGUCCUGCAAUUUCUUAUUUCUUCCAUGGGCUGUUCGCUGAGACACGGGCCACAUUUUUAUGAGAUUUCUGAACGGAUUCUUCGUCUCACACUGAUAGGACAAAUGGGUAAAAAUGAUUGUAGGAAAAACAAAGCCUUGCUUUGAACACUGGACAAACAUUUUUACACAACACUCAUUUAACAAUUGCAAUCGAUCAAUACACUCGAGGAAUUUAAAUAAUAAAACAUAAGCAAGAAUGAAUAAAUAUAUUAUCGGAAGAGAACAUAUUUGCUCUGCAGUAUUUGGCUAAUUGUAUAAGAGUGAUUUGCAACUAAUGAAUCUAAAAAGUCAAUCAAAUUGAAAAAAGUGUGGGUGUGAACAUGAAAUAACAUGUAUAAGGGUUACAUAAUACGAAAAAAUAUGUACGGAAAUGUGUAUCCUGUACGAGCAUUGAGAUCUUCCCACUUAAAAGUAGACCGUCUAUUAUUCUGGGUAAGGGUGGAUCAGGAUACGUGUAUGCCAUUAUGACUAAAAUAUGGAAGUGUUGAGUUGUUGAAUGACUCGAUAAACUAUAAGAAAACCUUGGUAUAAAUAGCUUUACAGAUGGAACAGAAAUAACCCGGUUAAACCUGAGCUCUUUACUCUUCACUAGUCACAUUAAUAAACAUUACCAAAUAAGAAUAGCAGUACUGGUUGGCAGCUGUGCUUAAAUCACAUAGCCAUUGCAUAGAAGCCGUUGGUGACGAGGUACAUUUUUGCGCAUCAUUGUUUUACUAAAAUAAUUUGAUUACGCUCGAGUGAAUAUGAAGGUGAGGCCAUUUUCACCAACAAAUCAAAGAGGGUAAUGAAUAAAACGUGGUAUGUGUCACUGUAAUCAUCGGGAUUACAAUUCCUAUUUGCAGAGCACAUUAUUUACCCUAGCUAUUAAAUGCAAAUUUAAAUAAAACAUUGCAUUCGUUAGACUCCAUAAAGAAAAAAAACACGGCACAUUUUGCUCUUCGUUAUCAUCAACAGUCUUUGCAAUAGUAACUUGACUAAAAUCCAUCUUGUUCAUAAUAACUCUGACAAGGGCGGUGAAAGUGUAUGUAGUUCAUGCUUACCUGUUUGUUGAGACACCGCCAGCUAAAUUAACAAAUGUAACCUCUGCCCAUGUGCAUUUUCUGGCUUUGGUCCGGCAGGCAGAAUGAUCAGUAUGGCAAGUGGGAUACUGGAUUCUUCGCCUUGGCAUUGCUGAUAUUAGCGAGACCCUCUCUGCAUCUGUUGUUUUUAACAUAAAGGGUACUUAAACUCCCUUCUAAUUAUUGUCAGACUACGAGGCAGUUAGGCAAACAUGUUUUUUUUUAUAUGCAGCCCUUACAAACUACCAUAAGGGUAUUCUGCAGGGUUUUGAAUUAAUUGAAGCAAGCUGUUAGGAUUUUUUUUAAUGAUAUUGGACUUAUCUAAAUACACCCAGAGGCUAAGCCAAGCCAAAUGUAAAUCUGUCGAGAAAGAAGAAAUGCAUGAAAUAAAAUGCUUUUCAUCCAUGCGGUGACAAAUACAGUACAAAAAAAUAAUCAGUAGUUAGAUUCCAGUUAUAUAAUAAUAUAUUUUAAUGCUGAUAUUGUGCUGAACGUUUGUAAUUACCUGCGAAAAUCUACCUGAAUGCAAUUAUUUGUUGUACUUUCUACAUAUUUAUGUUAAUCUCGGGCCCAGCCAAACUUCAAGAAUGCUUUUUUUCCUAAACUGGGCGUGCAUGAGGAAGUACAGUCGACAUUUGGUAAAAUAUAUAUAUACACGAACACAUAAAAGCUUUUCAUAAAUGUGUAAAAAUCAACACGACUUUGAAAAUCAAGAGAAUGUAUUUCUCCUGUUCAUUAUUGUUCAAUACAAUUGGGUUGCAAAGACACAACUGGAAACACAGCAGAAUAUGUGGACGCAGAACAGCUAUAGAAGGUGGACUGGCAGGCAAAAGCAGGUUCAAUUGGUUUAGGAAAGUCGAACUUAAUAUUGAAAAGCAAUUUACGAAUGAGCCGAAGGAAGAAUGUGUUUAAUUAGUACGUACUACCUGCUGUGACACGUUGAUUUUUUUUGUUUAUUUAAAUGUGCAAAGUGCGCGAAAAAAGACGGAGACAUUCAUGCAAGCGAAUUAUAUUGAGAGAAAUAAACAGCAACGCACGGAUGAGCAGAACGCACCGUAGAUUAAUGAGAAGAAAACUAAAUUUGGCUUGGACCGGACAUGCGGCUAAGAACGAACGAUGAACGAUGGUCAAGAAUAUUAAUGGGAUGGCAGCCAUGGAAUGGAACGCAUCCGACAGGGCUUCCAAUAGAGUAGAUGGCACGAUGGUAUCAGUGCAAGUGCUGGACGUAUUUUUGAAUCGCAGGAUUGUGAGAGGUCGCAGUGCAGGGAGGCCUUCAUCUAGCAGUGGCCGAUCAAUAAUGAUGGUGAGACUGACAUGGAGCCCAUCAACUUUCAAAAGGGCCUAUAUACUUAUAUUUCACUAACAUACUUACUUACAGUGCACUGUUUAAUGGAAUUAAUCUGAUAGACUAGCUUGUGACACAUAGACUUAUAUGUGACUCGUAGACUGAUAUAUCAUUAUUUGUAUAUCAUUGAAGCUCACGUACUAGGAAGCUUGGCUUAGUGGCUAAGUAGGGGCUUUGCACAUUCCACUGCCCUAUCUCUGUCCUGGAAUGGCUACAAUACAGUAACCUUCCCAUUCUAAACCUUUUAUGUGUGUUAUAUUUGUUAUUUUAAUUUCCUAAAAAGAUGCACAAUAAAUCCACGAACCAAGAACGUGGUUAUUUGACACGUUCACAAUCGCAGCUUAAAUUUGGCCCUGGUUUGUGAGCUUGACAAAAAUAAUUUACCCAAGCAAAUGUUUACUCAUUUACCCCUUGGUUCACGUAAUCCGGAGCCAAGGGGAGAUUUUUUUAAAUUCAAUUACACGUUGAUCAGGACGCACCAAACACUCAUUUAAGAAUCACUUCAUGCACCCUCUGAGUGCCAUCAAUCGACCCAGGACAAUGCAAGAGCACAGAGCACCCGAUGGCUAUGGGCGCACCAGCUUUUGCGUGACUUGAUAAAUCAGACCGGUGGUUUUGUGAGCGCUUGAGAAGAAGCCACUUCCAAGUCCAUUUCUCCGUCUGGUUAAAACACAACCUCGGCCGGUCCUUUGCCAGUGGAGUUUCGCUGUGAUACGAGCAGAAUGGUAUGUGUUUGUGUAUCUUCGUCCAGUUUCCAUGUGGGUGCGGGGUAUGGGAGAAAUAUGUGAUUUUGCUGCCACAAAGCCAUUGUUGACAGCGGGAUUGAAGAUGCUCGUUUGAUUUUUCCAUGCACCGUACCAAUUUACACCGUCCACACGCGUCUCUUAAGAAUUCACUGCUGGGAUAACUGCCAAUUAAGCCUCAGUUUGGAGGACAAUCUUCGAAGGGAAUAUAUAUGUAAUGCGUGUCAUAAAUUGACAUAUAUAAUGAACGAAUUUGUAAUGGGUUAUUUUUAAAAGCAUUGAAAAAACUCAUCGUGCACAAUCUGUUGCAGAAAGCUUUGCAUAGUGUGUAGUACAGCCAUGUAGAGGUAGUAAAUACUAUUCAAAAGCCUGAUUGAGGACACAAAAUUCCUAUUUCUGCGAACCUGCGAGAAACUUGAUCAGAUGAUUGGAUUGCAAGGCACGUGGGUGGGAUUAUAAUGAAGCUUGAGAACUGAAGAGUGGUGGUUUGCUUUCUCAAGGCAGUGAACAUUAUAAGCCAUCUCCCGUUGCUUGGAAACAGAUAAAACCGUAAGGCUUUGACGUAGCUCCAUCAUACACUUGCUAAGUGCCUUUUUUCCUCCAGACACAUGCUUUUGUACCAAAAAAAAGUCCGCUUCUAGACAAAUAGACACCUUCAAUAAUACGCUUUAUAUUUCAAAUGAAUCUAAAUGCUACCAUGAGGCAAAUGGCAGCAAUUUCUCCACAGUAUUAGCCCUAUUUUAUAUUUUGGAGUGGCGGUACAUACACUGCACUAUGAACUCGGCUACCCGAGUUGGAUUCCCAGCCCUUGCCAACAACAUAAUUGUAAAGUGGUAUCAGAACCGGUCCUGCAAUUCCUCACCUUCAACCCCUACUGACCAGCGUGGUGAAGUAUGGCCAACAAAUAAAACCAUGACUGACAUGGCAUGGGGAUGCUUUAAUGCAUUGGUGAAUUGAGCAUGACUGGAAUUUAAUUAUUCGGAUUUUUUAAAUUCUAUGUUUUAACACUUUCUUAAUAAUUAUGAAGGUGGCAGCACGUUUAUCUUAAUAUGGUAGCUAAUUUUGUGACAACGUAUUAAAAAAAAAACGUUCAAAUGAUAAUGGGAUUACUAUAUUUAUUAAUGUGCACAGCCACCACUGACUGGCGUCGUUAUUGAAUUUUUAAAAUAUCGCCACGGAUAAUUCACGAAUUCCAGGAUGCUAUUUGAACCGUUCUGUUGUGGUAGGCUUUGGGAAUAUAUACAUAUAUAUUUUCUGCAGAUAGGAUCUAAAAUCAAGAUGUGUUUGGCUUGAAGCUUUAUAUACAUAUACAGCAGUGUACAAAUAGCAUCAGCCAUGGUCAAUCCACUGUUGGAUGAAGGCCUCCCCAAGCCCCCAUCUCUCUCAAUCCUACAAUGUUAUAGUCCACACUCCAUCUCCUCGGUGGACGCACCAACGGAUGCGUUCCAUGUCUUGACUGCUACUUCAUCACUAUUCUUGACCAUUGGCCAUCAUCCCAUCUCGUGGCAAUGUCCUGCUCAAGCCCAUUUACUUUUGUCAACAGACCGCGUUAUGUCAUUAGGCUGCAUAUGAAGUCUCAUUCAUGUGUUUCUGUCUAUUUCUGAAAUUAUAUUCGGAGACAGAAAGAGACCUAAGAUGGACAUGUACAAAUAAUCUGAAUUUAUGUAUGCAAUUAGGCUUAACAUCAUUUUCAAGUUAUCCAUGGCACAUUUUUGAGAUUUGUUUCGAAUCUCGUUGGGUUCAAUAUUUUUUUCUUGUUUUAAAAAAAAAAUACUUUACUGUUGCCAGGAAUUUGUUGGAGGCAAAAUGAACAUAAAAUAAUCCCCUCUGCACCGUCCCUGAAGUAAUUUCAUAGUCAUAAAAUAAUCCCGUGAGCGUAUAAAAAAGGUAUUUUACAGUAUGGACGACGGCUUCUGUCCUUACGUUCAUCUGCUUUUCCCAUCAACUAUACAAACAAAUACUCCACGUAACAACUGCUUCUAAAGGAUGUAUACGCAGGGAGGUCUGCCCAUUAUGAGGUCUUGGGGAAGAGGAGAAAUAUCAUUUUAUUUUGAUCGCAAGGAACAAAGUUUAGGGAUCAGGAGGGUGGAAAACACAAUUCAGUGGCAUGAGAAUAAGACUAAGGACACAAGGAUAGUUACUAAAUACAAUAGUGAGGAUCAAGAGACAAAGAUAGUUAAAUAUCCUGAUGAUAAAUAAGAAUAGUUAUAUAUACUCUGAGGAUAAAGACAAAGGGAUGGCUGUAUAUUUAUACUGUGAGGAUAAAGACAGACACGCAGCUAUGUACACUUGCAUGUAGAUUAUUUCUCCGCUCAAUGGACGUCAAGCAUAUGAAAUGUCUGAAUUGCAUGAUGUCUGAAUAAUGCCACGUGUGCCGUCACGGGCAUGCGGGGCCGCGCUGUGCGGCGAGACGGAAUAAACGCGGCGCGCUUUUCCUUCCUGGAUUUUGGAGGAAAUCGCAGCUGGCAUCGGGCACUGCCCCCACACAAUAGCUUACAGAUUUGCACCUCUCUUCUCGUCGUCUCAGCGCAGUCACCGGGCAGUCGUGACUUUUCAAAAUGCCAACAUUUGCUCAUUUGUUUGUCAAAAGAAUUGCUCAAGUUGAACUGAACAAAAAAAACCCCCACCACAUAUUUGGAGAAAACAGGAAAUACUUAGGCACGAAUGGUCAUGGAGCAUGAUGCGUUUGGCAAAUUGAUGGGCGAGAGGGAAAAAAAACCCUGUUGUGCGUCAUCUCAUGUGAGAGAGAGGGCAGGCUCUGCCCUCGCUAAGUUUGGGAGUUUAAAUAGAAGCAGUUUGUUUUGCUUUGGGUUAUUUCAGCAUGAGCGGCUUGCCGUCCGAUGCUGGGAAUCUUUAGUUUGAUGCGGCCUUGUUGUUUUACUUGCGACGGCUCAUAGCGAGCUCAUUGACAUUUUUUUUUUACAUAAUGCAGGAUUAAUAGUGAGUGAUUCGUGAGACACCGGCGCUUCAAAUGUGUGUGUAAAAGUACCGGGGAGAAAAUAAUACGAUUCAAUUGUGCUUGUUAAGUGCUGAGCACCUAACUAAGUUUGUGUCAUUUUGAGAAGCGUGAUAGUUUAAAGUGACGGAGCUUUACUUGUUUGAGUUAGUCUUGAGAUGUUUAUGUAAUGGAGGAAAAUGUUGUUUAUAUAUAACGGGGGAAAAAAAAACUUGCUUUGUUUGAAGAAAACCCUUUUUUUGUUUCACCAAGGACGUGACAUUUUGAGUUUUCAUCACUUCGCGCAAUAUAGUGGCGCAUAGUUAAGGGCAGGAGAUUUAAUUUAAUCCUUAUUGUUAAAUAAAUAAAUAAGCGGCCACAAAAUGCCCCUCCGGCUGCUAAUAUUACGCUUGGAACGAUACCCAGUCGUCUCCAGAUCCCAGUCUGCAUUUUAACUCGGGCGGGGCGAGUAAAAGGAGGGCCCAAAGCGGCGUGGUGGAUGCGUGCGUUCGUGCACGAGGAGGUAAGCCAAUUAAAGCUCCGGAUCACAGCGGAGACUCGGGUUCGGCUUCCAGACGACCCAGAGAGAGUUGAGAGAGUGAGAGGAGCUCAGCGGAGGGCAGGCAGGCAGGCAUGGCUCGGGACGCACGCGGUCUCGGCCACACCGUUAAAGCCCUGAACGGAAGGGGGGACGCUUCGCACAAGGAGGCGGGCAGGAUUCUGCAGGCCUACGUCUCGCGACGACAGGACAACUGCAGCGACCUGCUCGGACUGUGGUGCGGCUUAGGGGACGUCUACAAGAUGGCCGAGGGCCGGCGAUGCCACGUUCACCUGUUGGACGGCCGUAUGUUGGAGCUGCUGGUGCAGCCAAAACUUUUGGCCAAGGAAUUAUUGGAUAUGGUUGCAUCUCAUUUCAACCUGAAGGAGAAGGAGUUCUUUGGACUUGCCUACGUGGACGAAACAGGUCUUUACAGUUGGCUUCAGUUGGAUCGUAGAGUCCUAGAACACGAUUUCCCCAAGAAAUCCAGAUGUGUUGUGCUGAAUUUCACCGUCAAGUUUUACAUCGAAAGUGUUGCGUACCUGCGGGAAAACACAGCUGUGGAACUCUUCUUCUUGAAUGCGAAAACCUGCAUAUCCAAAGGGAUAAUUGAAGUGGACAGCGAAACGGCUUUCGAGCUCUCUGCGUACAUACUACAGGAGGCUGCGGGCGACUACACCUGUGAUGAUGCGGUGAGGUCGGAAUUGAAGACCCUUCCUCCUCUUCCCACACUGGUACUGAAGGAACACCCCUCGAUCGGCUACUGCGAGGAGCGGAUUAUCGAGCACUACAAGAAGCUCAAGGGACAAACACGAGGGCAGGCUAUUGUCAAUUAUAUGAGUGUGGUGGAGACUCUACCUAGCUAUGGUGUUCACUAUUACCCAGUGAAGGAUAAAAAAGGGCUGCCCUGGUGGCUUGGACUGAGCAACAAGGGCAUUUCGCAAUACGACUUCCAGGACAAGCUAAAGCCCAGGCAGAUUUAUCAAUGGAGACAGCUGGAGAAUCUAUAUUUUCGUGAAAAGAAGUUUUCUAUAGAAGUCCAUGACCCUCGAAGGUUAACCGUGAGCAGACGCACUUUCGCACAGAGUGGCAUCACAGUGCACACGUGGUACGCCAGCCCUGCACUCAUCAAGUCCAUCUGGGUGAUGGCCAUUGGCCAGCAUCAGUUUUAUCUGGACCGAAAGCAGAGCAAGGCAAAGAUCCCGGUGGCCAGGAGCCUCAGCGAGAUCGCCAUCGACCUCACUGAGCUGGGAUCACUGAGCACGUCAGGCCUGGCCAGCAUGGGCAGCGAGAGCAAGAUUAUCAGCGGCAGCGACGGCAGCCUCUUCUCGUCCGGAUCACAAGAGUCUGAAAUCAGUCAGGAGGCACGGAAGGACCUCAUGACGGCACUCAAGUCACGACGAGAUGCCCUGGAGGACACCCUGAAACUCCGGGUGGAGGAACUUCGACUUAUCUGCCUGCGAGAGGCCGACCUGACGGGAAAGCUUCCCGAGGAGUUCCCCCUGGCUCUGGGUGAGAAAGCUCCGUCCGUCCGGAGGAGAGUGGGAACCUCCUUCAAGCUGGACGAGCACAAGAUCAUCAUGCGCGGCGAGGAGGCCGAGCUGGAGAGACUGGAACGAGACUUUGCCAUCCAGUCCCAGAUCACAGAGGCAGCCAAGCGCCUGGCCAGUGACCCUGGCGUGAGCAAGAAGGCUCGCAAGCAGCGCAAGUCCUCCUACCAGAACUCGGUCCGCAAACUCCAGGACAUAGAGGCAGCCAUCAACCAGUACCGGCUCCGUGCGGGGCAGGAACCCACGAAACGGACUUCCCACAUCGGAGAUGAGGAAAACGUUCACUCUGACGUGCAAUCAGAUGGCAGCUCACUCGCCGAAGCAUCGGCUCUGGAAGACGAGGACUCCCCGCGGAGCAGCCUGCUCUCCUCACUGCUGUCCCCGCAGCGUCUGGUGCCGCCGCUGCUGGGCGGCUACGCCCGGCCCUCUCCGCCCACGUCUCUCGAGGGCCUGCGCCGGCAGCAGUCCUUCCGUGGAGACCCCUCCUCCCCGUCCAAGUCCGGAAGCUGGGCCGAGUCCUCGCUGGACGAGCCCUAUGAUCGCCCUCGCAAACCCCUGCUCCGACACACCAUGUCCAGCCCCUUGGGGAGUCCGUCGCACCAGCCGGGCUGCCAGCGAGCUAAGGGAACGGGCUCCCUGCAGACCAGCCCAGUGAAGGCCGGUCCUCGCUGGGACUCGUCCAGCGUGCCGUCCACUCCAGACUCGCGUACUCGUGCCAUCCCCUUCAGCCAGCACCAACGAUGGUUCGAGUCCACUCUUGGCGAGCAGCAGCAUCAGCAGCAUCAGCAGCAGCCUCUCCCGGCCGCCCACCUGCGCCAGCGCAGCUGCAGCCUGGAGUCUCAGAGCCAGCUGCUGGUGUCCGAGGGCACGACGGUGGCCGGCGGCGACCUGAGCUGCGGCACGGGCACCGUGUCGCGCAGCAGCAACAGCUCGGAGCUGCCGCUGGACGACCACUCGUCCUACACCAGCCAGUCGAGCUCCGAGUGCGGCUACUACGGCGGGCCGGGCGGCCGGACGCCGUACGACGCGUCGCGGCCGGGCCGCCGCGCGUCGGCGGGCGGCGCCGACCCCCGGGCGCUGCAGAGGCACCGCUCGGCGGAGAGCCUCGUGUCGGAGGCGCGGGGCGAGAUGCAGGGCGCCGACGGCGGAGGGUGCGGCGGCCCCGGCGGCGGGGGCGGCCCCGGCGGCGUCGGCGGAGCGCGACGCGCCGGCCUCUACCGCUUCCCGCACAACGUGCCGACGUCACAGUACCGCGUGAAGGAGUACCCGCUGUACGCCGACCGGGCGGACGGCUCUCGCUGCGUGGUGCGCAGCCUGGAGAGCGAGCGCGAGGGACACUACUGCGUGAAGGCGCAGGUGCGCACGUCGCACUCGUACACCGCCGGAGGGAUGUACCGCGAGAGGGUGGCGCGCCAGGAGGGCGGCGCCGUCGUGCACUCCAUCACCCAGUCGCGCUCGCAGGUGGUUCGUAGCUGCUGCCAGGAAGGCGUUCGGACGAGCACUCUUGAGCACCUGCGCUCCUGGUACGAGCGCAAUGCCUAUCGGGACCCGCGGAGACUUUCGCACGUCUGGUCAGAUGCUGACCGGCUGGCGCUUUACCCCCAGGGCGCGGCCUCGCCUCCUCCUAGCAAGCCCACGCAGACAGGCGGGUGUGGAGGCGGCAGUAGGAGAAACACGCUGUCCCCUGCUCACCAGGCGGGUGAAGCUGCCUCGUACACACACCAGCCUGUGCAGCACACGAGGUCGUACAGCAGGAUAACGUACUACUCGAGUAUCAUGAACAGGCAGAGAAGCCACCGUGCCCAGCACAUUACCAGCCCACUCGCUACGUGGCACAAGGAAGACCACAUUCAAAAUACAGCCAGGCUCACUUGACCAGUGUUAAUAGACAUAGUGUAUAUUUACAUAAGAAAACAUUUUAAAAAAAUAAAAAAAACUAUUUUGGUCAAAUGUAAAAAGAACAAGUCAGCAUUUUCACAAACUGGCCCUCCGGUUGCCAGAAAUAUUGUUUUAUUGACCAGCAUAUAAUGUAUGUUUUAUCUCUUUGAAACUAUUUUCUCUUAAAAUUUGAAUGCAAAACAAAUAUAUAACAUAAUUUAUUUAAAGAGUGUUGUUUUCAAACAGAAACACAUCAUCAUUACUAAGCUACAAAGGCAUGCAACUACAAUCUCUCUCCAAAAGCUAUGAUACUUAUUAUAACAGCAAAAUAAUAACGCCACAUGAAAAUUAGAUGGUAAUUCUGUUUCAUAUUGCAGAAGUGGCUUUCAUUCAGCUGGGCUGGAUUUAAUUAGGGUACUAUAAGAUUUGUUUUAUAUCCAUAAUUAAAUUUUUUAUAUUUCAUUGGAAUCACGCUAAUUUACCUUAUAAUACGUAUUCCCUGCUAUAUCUGUAAAACACAUUUGCAGUCCACUCCAGUCAAUUGGUUCUGUGAAUUAGAGGACUUCGCAUGAUCUAGACAAAGCAGGUUGAAUAAUUGUAGAUUACUGUGUUAAGGUAAUGCACAGUGGCUUGCUCCUGCAAAUCAUGUGAUGGAAUGUUUCUUUCACAUCUACACACUGGCAUAUGCAGUAUUGAUGACUCCCUACAUCACUGAAAAAUAUUCUGUUUGUCUAGCCCCCCCCCCCCCCUACUUACUCUUUGAACAAGACAAUUCUUGAACAUAAUGCUUUUUUAAUUUGAAGUGAAGGAUUUUCAACGUGAGCACAUGAAAAUCCUUCAGAAGCCGCACACAAGGAUCCCAAGUCCAGAGCGCAGAUCCUGUCACUCAUUUUGACAUUUGGACAAGACAAUGCAACCAUCCUUUGGUGAGGACCAGCGCCAGCAUUAAAAACACACUGGGCAAUAGUCUGAGCAGAAAGGAAUCUACCCAAGCACAAACUUUGAAGAACAUUUAACAAUGCCCCAUUGUCGAUAGAUAGGUAGUAUAACGGCGUGAAUUGCAAGUUAAACCCAACAAUGGCUAAAUACAUCGGAGCAAUGUUUGUAGCCAUUGAGAAUACGUCGCUUUUACAAGUAUGGUAUAUAAAUGUAGCCUGGAAUAUAGGACUACCUUUUUUCCAAUGGCAAGAAUGUGGAUAACAAACAAAAAGAGUAAGAAAAAUGUUGUCAUAGAUAUAUUGCGUUAUUAUAUUCCGAAGGGUCUAGGUUGUGUAAAAGUCACCUUUUGUCCAAAAGAAUAGUGCAUUGGAAGCACGUGAUUUCGUUUUUUGUGUGCAAAGGUAGAUUAAAAUGUGUGAAACUUUGUAGAAAGUUGUAUACAUAAAAAAACUCCUCUUUUCCAAAGGUCAUUUAUAUGACAUAUAUAAGAACUAGUAUGAGUUCUGCUUGAUUUUUUUAUUUUCUUUCUUGUAUAAUGUGCUGCGUUUUUUUUUAAUAUGCCAACUUCUGAAGAGUUUGUACGGUCUCUGUGGAGACAGCACUCGAGACAGAAUUUGCUCAGAAGCAGUGAGGUGAAAUGGAUACGAGAGUGGCAGACAUCUGGAUUAUAUUAUGUGCAUGCACAAAAGAGGCUUUUAUUUUUAGAAAGUGUUUCAAAGGAAAAAAAAUCCCUGGACCCCCUCAAAAUGUUUCCUGACUGAAAUUUAAUUCAGGGAAAUGUAUAGCUUCUGGGAAAGCUACAUAUUUUCCUACAAUUAAAAAGGCCGUUUCCUGGAGGAUGUGCGAGCUGUUAGUUUAUAUAAUUUUAUUUAUUUUAUUUUUUGUAAAAACAAAACUUUUUUUUGAAAAUGUUUAAUUGUUGUAGUGCAACUGCAAAAACUCAUGGUGCUGUCAUGCCAUAUUUUAGGAAACGCUGAUAAUAGGUAACCACAUUUUUAAAUUUCAUUUUUCUUAAAGAUUACAUGAAUUUUGGUACACUUUUGUAGCCGAGCUAUAAUUUGGCUUAACUGAUUUUCCAUCAAUUUAUAUUACCUGAAACUUAUGGAUUAAUGUCAAUAUUGUUAAGUGUAAACAAAAAUAUUCGUGAUAUUAAAAUCAUAAACCAAAACAAAUAUUGAUUAUUGGAGAGCAGGUCAACUUUUAUUUCAGUAAAAGUAUCAUUCUAUUCAAAUAUAAUUCACUGUCAUACAAUUCUGUAAAAAGUUCAACAAAAAUCACACAUUUUCAGCAUACACAGAGCUCUAUAAUGUAAUCUGAAAGCACAUAUUGCUAGGAAAUCCACAUUUAAUGUUUUGCCUUAAACAAAGUAAAAUUGGCUUCAUAACAUGAAAUGUAAGUUGCUUUUUUCGUGUACAUUUUGUACAAGCUAUUUAGAUAUUGGCUUGCAUUGCAAUAUCGUAACUAUUCAUGUUCCACCAUUAUAUUGGCAAGCAAAUUACAAUAUUGCAUUUUUGUACAAUAACUCGUCAUUGAAAAUAGAUUUUCCCUCUGCAGAUUAAAAAACCCUUCAUAUACCCAUGGGCUCCACAUAAUAGAAAUUGGGCUAGGGAUUGAUUUACAUGUACAAAUUUAAGAGCUUGUGUGAAAAAUAAUGUUUUGUCUUUAUUCUCCAAUAAGUAAAAUGAGUGCACAUAUAAAUAUUUUAAACAAAUAAAGUAUAAUUUCUUUAAACAAAUAAAGUAUACGUUCUUUAAAAUAAACACGUUUUUAUUAAAUAUUAAAUUAACAAUACAUUCUGAAUACAUAUUAAACCACUUAGUAAUGUACUCCCAAACAAUAUAUGAUGUGCUUGUAUGGAAGACAGCGGGAUUUAUAAUUUGCUUAUUUUACCUGGUUCAGCAAAACACACACUUAGGUUCUGACCUUUGUUUAUAAGUAAUGUGUCUGACUCAAUGCAGAAAAUAGUGGAGGUAUUUGUGGUAUUGUGGAAUGUUUGACACUUUUGAAAAAUGUGUCACCUGCUAAAUAUAACCAGAGUAUAUUACUUUAAGGGUGCUUGCCAACAACAUUGAACCAGUGGUAAUAUACUCUUAUGGUAGAAAAUCUAAAGUAGCAAAAUACAAGUCAUCACUUCAAAAAGCAUUCGAAUCUAUGUCUUCAAGGCUAUAUGUUGAUGACUAGCAGCCACACCAAGUUUAACACGCUUGUUGAUUUACGUAAAAUAAUUUCUCUUGUCACAUUUAUCGAUAUCCUUACUAGCUUCAGAAUAUGGCGAAUGCAGUUCUUGCUUUUCAACAGUCAUCGAUCUAAAGUCAUGAAAGUAGUUUUGUACCAUUUUUGUUACAUUAUUGAAUUUCAUUGAAGACCAUACACAGGGAGCUAUACCUGUGUGCAUAAACACCUUGCAUGGGUUGUUUACCAAUAUAAGAAGAUGAAAUGCAAUUCAUUGCACGAUUUGUCCUCGAGUCAAAAAAAAGAAAGAAAAAAGUGACAUUGCCUUUUUUUUACUUUUGCCAAAACUUAUUACGUGAUGGGCAAAAUGUUGAACCACUAGGGGACCGCAUUGGCAAUCCACAUCGUGCAGUUUUGCUCAAAUUAAGUUUGUAGGAAUACCACUGACUGUGCCUGUGCACUGCGGGCAGUGCCGCCACCUAUUGAGCUGAAUGCUUCUCAUUAACUGAUAACGUGACUCAAUUUCUCAUAUGGCAAUGCUCUAUGAUUGUUCAAGGAAGUGACUACCUGAAGCACGUACGUUGAUCCACGACUUCAAAACAGCCAUUUGAUGCAUCUGGCUCAGCAUUGUGACCACCGUUAUGCGACUCAAAAUAUCCAAUUGCAGGACAUGAGUUAAUAUAAUUACAAACCGUAACUGAUGUAGCAAUACAUUAUUCUAAUACAACUUAGAUGGCAUGUGUUUUGUUCGAAUAUAAUGUUUGAGUAAACAGCAUUCAUGGUUAGAAUAUAUAAAAGGUAUAUAUUUACAAAUACUGUAUUAACUCUGACUCUUAUCUAUGCUGUUUAUUAUAGCAAAUCCCAUAAUCAGUGGCAAACUGGAUUUUUCAUAGAUAUAAUACAUUCUCAGGUUUUUAUGCCAAUGCCAGGAAAAUUGCCAAAUCCAUUUGCAUUAUAUAUUUUUUUUAAACAAAUUUCUUAAUAACACUUGGGAAAUCCAGCCAAGAAGUCUGGCGAUCCCAUGUAAUGUAAUGAAGCUUUGAAACAUUAACUUUUUAAAUCCGAGCAUAAUUAAAUGAAUCAUGGUAAAAAAAAAAAAACAAUUUAGCCCACAAAGGAUAUGCCAGCAAAAUGAUUGAAAAUACCCAUUUUUUCGUUUGGUAUUUAUUUCAUGCUACAGUUAAAAGGCUUGCUUUUUAUUUGGCAUUCAUAAUACAAUAGAUAUACCGAGGUAUGUUGCACAGGUCUUUUUACUGCGUCUAUAACGUAUUGAUAGUAAAAAAGUGAAUCUAAACAAGUACUACGGUUUUGAUAAAAUAAAAAAGUUUCCUGGAUGUGGGAAUGAAGAAAAAUCUGAAAAAUUCCAUCUAGGAUUAUUUGAAACGAGGUGAACAAAUGUAAAUAGGUGGAAUUUUCAGUAUUUAGUUAAACAAAAAAUCUCAUACUUCACACAUGUAUAUAUAAGAGAUAUGAAAUUACCUUUGCAGAGGACCAUUUAGCCUAUAAGCUGAAGACCAAUAUGUUUUAUAAACAGUAUUAGCAGUCAUAAAUAUUUCAUUUUGAAUUCUGACUGCCGUAUAUGUUUAAAAUUGGACACGCGAGUCCAUUUUUAAAUGUACAUAAAUAGAUGAAUUGUACAAAGAUAAUUUUACGUCAUUUUGUCAUCUCUGUAUAAUAUGACUUAAGUAUUUUUUUCAUUGUUGUAUUGUUAAGCUGGUUCUUAAUAUCUUCGAUAGCUAUUAGUAUUGUUUUGUUUUAAAUAUUGAUGUUACUUCUGUGCUUGUUGUACCUAAAAGUAUAAGUUAUAUUUGAGAGGCGUUUAAUUAAAGUUGCUAAACUUGGUCCAUCGAUAGAUUGCUAUACAUUGUAGAUAGCAUGUAUACUGAUAAGCAAGUUCAUGCUGUUGAUAGUAUGCUUUUUCCACCUGCGGCAUUAAUAAAGCAUGGAACAAUGUGAGCGUUUAUAAUUAUGAGUUUAAUGGUGUCUUCUUCAAUAAAGUAUCUUAGUCCAGCUUUA